CUCCACCAAGUGUGGAAUCGACGCAUGAAGAAACGAAGCGAGCGGCCCAUGGUGGACAACAUCGACUCGAUCUCCGAGUUCGAAUCCGAGUUUCACCAUGCGUUUCUCAAAAGCCGGCUCGACCACGACGACUACGUGUACAAACCCUCACUCCUGCGGGACUUGGACGAAUUCUGCGACGUCGACAGCAUGCACGUGCCGAAAGGGCCGUUGAUUGUGUUUGGCGAGCCUGGCAGCGGCAAGAGCGCAUUUCUCGCCAACUGGAUCAAUCGACGCAAGAAAAAGUUUCAAAACUGGAACAACGGGUUCCCAGAGUUCAUCUUUUACCACGCUGUGGGAUGUACGAGGCAAGGCGCGUUCGUGUCCAAGUUGCUCGAGCGCAUCCUCACGGAAAUGAACGAGUACUUUGAGCUGACAAAAGAAGUGCCGACUUUUGAAGAGCGCCUGAGCUGGCAGUUCCCCCGGUACCUCGAAGCCGCAUCUCGCAAAGGCCGCACCAUUCUCAUUGUCGACGGCGUGCAUCGUCUCCGCACCAGCGACGGCGACAGCAUCCUCAAGUGGCUACCUCUGUCUUUUCCCCCCAAUGUUCGGUUGGUCUUGGCGGCUACGAGCGUGGCUGCCACGUCACGAACAGAUGCCGUCGAUGUCGACAUGUCCACCAUGGAACGCAUCAAGGUGGAAGCCGUGCGUCGCAAUUGGACCACGCUGCACAUCAAUCCGUUCACGGAUGACGAAAAGCAGAUGGUCGUGCACAAGUUUCUAUCGCGGCAAACUGGUCGACCGACUUUGCAGUUGUUUGAACUCCAGCAAAAGGCGUUGGCAAGUGUCAGUCGCACCACGAAUCCCAUGUUUUUGAAAUCCAUGCUGGAGGCGCUCGAAUGGGUGGCCACGCGCGGCUACAACAUCCACGUGGUGCUCAAAGAGUGGCUGGGCGCGUCGACCAUGUCAGAGCUAUUUGAAGUGAUCUUGCGCAGCAUGGAAGCUGGACAUGUACCCAGUCAAAUAGCCACGUCGGACGCCAUGCUGUUCUUGCAGGAACAUUCGCUCGAUGCUACCUUUGCGUGGGUGCCACAGUCAUCGAAACAGCGCCAGUCGUUUGAUAGCCAACAAGGCGCAGCGGCGUUCACGUCGGCUCGAGUCAAGCAGCAAUCCCUCUCCAGUGGCCAGCCGAGCCCCACGCGUCACAUGUCUGAGGCGUCUAUCGCGUCAACAUUAGAAAGCACUCGUCGUCCCAGCACUACCCUUGUAGACGACGACGCCUACGACUCGGACGACGGCAUGGGGUCGCCUCGGUAUCACGACGAAACGAAUGCCGAUGUGAGCCUUGUAUUUCGCGAAUUAUUUGAAGGGGAAUCAACCAAUACCAAUGGCGGGGGGUCGUUUGGGGGAAGUGGUGGCGACGCCGAGGACGCCCCCCGUCAAGUGCGCACGUCCGUCUUGACCGCGACGGAAGGCCCCGAGAAGCCGAGCGAGCGAGGGGAAGGCGGAGGGGGUGGCAUCGUCGACGAUGGCAGCGGCUGCAGCAGUGGAAGUGAUGACGACAACCAUGCCCAUCACCACUCCGCCCCCGCCGCCCCCGCAGCAGCUGCCCAGCUGCCGCCCCCUCGAAAAUCCGCGCCCUUCCUCCGCCACUUGGAGCGAGUCAAGACACAUCGGAACAUUGUGUUCCCGGUGUACGUCACGGGGGGGCAGCCAGUCGAAGGCCUCGGGGGGCUAUUGGGGAAGGCGCUGUGUUUGUUGUACGUCGCCCGGCAUGGCCUCCUGCUGCACGAACUGCGAACGCUGAUGCAGGCUAUGACUGCUCAUGAAGCCAACAUUGCACCGCUGGACGCCCCCGAAGUGCAAGUGCCAGCAGACGACGAUGACGGCACGAAUUUAGCCGCGAUUUUGAACGAUUACAAGCCAGCACGGCCCAAAGUGCCGACGCUGCCAGAGGCGACGUGGACGACGAUGCUGUCGGCCCUCAAAGCGCUCGGAUGUUUGUUUUUGCAAGAUAUUGUGCUGCUGCCGUUGUGCUACGACACCCUCAGAGACCUCAUUUGGUGGCGGUACAUUGGAUCGACCAAGAUGGAGGAGUGUUACCACCAUUGGCUCGUUCGGUUCUUUGUGGGCCACCCGCCAACGUUCCGACGUGUGGAGGAAUUGCCGUGGCACUUGGCGAGCUGCAAACGCUGGCAUGCUCUAAAAGACGUGCUGGUGAACUUGCCCAUGUUUCAGUUGUUCUUUACGGCGAAUUACAAGACGGAGUUGUUUUGCUACUGGAAGACGCUCACGGAGGGCGAAUUCGUGAGUGGCAGUGCGACGCCCCCGCCACUCAACCAGCCCCCAGACGAACUGGAUGUGACCAACACCCCCGCGAUCACCACGUUCGACCUCGUGCGCGAAUACAACAAGAGCAUUGAGGACUGGUACCAUUCGACUCGUCCUACAACUAAGCAGUUACUGCCCCUCUUGCAAUCGAUGACCAAGUUUGUGUUCGAGUACUCCGUGUUUAGCCAGUCCGAGCUCCCAGUGUUCAACCACCCCCACUUUGACGCCAAGCACCUGCACGCCGACGGGUUUCAUUUUAUCCACCAAUUGCCUCAUGUCGUAGCCCAGCAGUCGUUCGAUUUGGCCGUGCACUGGCUGUACCAACGCUGGGUAUGGGUACAGUUUCCGUGGCUGGCCCUGGGGUACGACAUAGACGACGGCGACUCGAAACACAUGACCGGUCUUGUCGUGUCCAUCUCGCCUGAAAACACCAAGGACGACGACGUGGGGCUAGUAGACACUUACUCAGACAGCCACUCAGUGACUUCCCCCGCCAACAACAACACGACGAUGCCCGUCACAUCCUCUGCCACGACCAACACUACUCUACCAUCGUCGUCGUCGUCGCAAAAUAUGUCUGCCGCCACCAACGCCUCCACGUUAUUAUCCCCUUCUCAAUCCACACCCAACCUUCCAAAGCAGCGCAAGACCCAAGCCGCCCUGCUGAGCCCGUAUAAACUCAAAGGGCACGCGAAUGCCAGCUUGCCAACCAUUGCCACGGCCAAUGCCCCCAACACCCUGGAUAUCAUUGGGCUCAACUCCCCCGCGCACACGUUGAUGCGGCGAAAGACGCAAUACAUUGGGUUCAAGAACGCGCCGACAUCGUCGUUUCCCUCCCAACUCAAACACACCAGUGACGCCAUAUUGGACGACCCAAUGCUCCACUCGGGCAUCGGCAAGUUGUUGGCCCAGCGCACCGCCGGCACCUCUGUGUCCGUUCGCGAUACAAUGAACGACAGCGUGUGCUCGGAAGGGUUUGGGUUGCCGGCACAUUUGCAAGAAUACGCAAAGACCGAAGCGGACGUGAAAAGGUCGUGCAACCAGCAGAUCCUGUUCAAGCUGCAGCAAGCGCACAACUUUCUCAAACGCGAUGCUAACACCAAGUGCAAUCGCCUCGAUAAACUGAGGCAAAAGAUCCGCGAACGAAGAGCCAAGCAGACGUCGUCGCUGCAGUACAUUCAAGAAGCCGAAGACGCCCUGCAUGAAAUGACCAAGCGCAUGGACCAAGUCGACGCCACGCUCAAAGUGGUGGCCAAGCAGGAGAAGACCUACAUCAAACUUCUCGGGGCGUGCGAAGAUUACUCGGCAUCUGACAAACACCACUUGGCGCAGGUGAGAAAGGAGCUCAAGGUGCUGUCGCUCAAACUUCGGGACUUGCAAAAACAAAACCAAGCGCUGGCGUUUGAACAGCAACACUUGGCGACGGUCGAGUUCCCCCAGCUGGCGGCGGCGUGCGAAGACAACAAGCGGCUCCACGACGCCGUUUUGGACCGGUUGAACAGCACCAAGGUGCGCAUGGCGCAGGACGUGGCCAACAUCGAGGCGCUGUACGUUGUGAGAAAGGGCAUCAUCGACAAAGUCAAGUCCACCGCAUUUGAUCUCAACACGAACGAGCCCAUCGAGCUCGAAAAGAUCAUGCACGUACAAGCGACAGCCGAAACCAACGCGGUCAACAAGAGCCAAGUGGCCAAAGCUGCGUUGGAGCAGUGUCAGUCCAUGUGUCGACGCAUUGUGCACGCCACGGGCUUGACCAAUAUGGCGGCGAUCCACGAGAAGUUUCACAACCGCGACGCGUUGAAUCGGUCGUUAGACGAGCAAGCGGCGCUUUACGAGGCCCGGCUCAAGCAGAUCAAGCUCAGCCACAGUGAGCUCGAGGUGCAAAUGAACAGCCUCGAGACCACGCCCAAGGACUCGACCGACCCGCGGCAGCUGGAGGACCUCGCGCGGGACGCCGAGGCCGCGCUGAGCCGGACGCAACGCGCGUACGCGACGCAGCUCCAUGCGCUCAACGAGGUGGUGGUGGGGGUGUCCAACAUCGCCCGACUCGCGGGCAUCACCGACGUCCGCAAACCCAAGCACGCGUUGAUUCCUGCCGCGGACCUAUGGCCUCCGUACCAAGACAAGGAAAGUCGCGCGGUGGCGCUCGCGCACUUUGAAAUGCUGUCGGCGACCGCCAUGGCAGAGUUGAUUCGAGUGUGCGAAGAACGCAUGGUGGCGAUCAUAGACAAUAAUGAACACGGUCGUGGUGACCCCGACGCGUUGUACGCGUUGCCGUGUCGUCGGGAGUCGUCCGCAGGGCUGUCGUCGGCUACGUCGUCGCCUCGGGGAGGGGGCACGGCCAAGCGACGGACGAAGCGGGACACCAAGCGCCGAUCUAACGACUCGACGACGUCGUCUCCUCGUUUGGACAAAGACCUGGCCGACACUGCGACAGCGUUGACGGCAAUGCAAGACGACAAGAACAACAUGCUGUUUUCACUCCCGUCGACCCCUAGCUCGAUGAUGCAGGCUCCCCUCGGACAAGGGAGCCUGGCUCGUGACUGCGGGGGGGAUCUGGGGGGCUCGUCGUCGAUGCUCCUGGAUGAUCCGGCCGAGCCCGCCGUGGCCACGCGGGACAUUAUCAAGUCGGCGAGCAAGCAGAAACUAGCGAUCAAACGUAAGGAGCUGCUGGGGCGCGCCAACACGGGGAUGAUGUCCCAGCUGCCAGCCAGCAGUUCCAACUUGGCAGUGCACCACGAUACUAACACUAUGGACGGCGGCAUCAAUUCAUGUUAACCUCGACGUGUACUAGGAAAUCCCAAGCACUGU